CGCUGCUCGGCUUCGCUCGACGCGGCUCGAUUUAGCUCAGCACGGCCGGUCCGGCACGAUGGAGCCGCGAGGGUACGGAUUUCUGUUACUGCUCCUUCUUAUCCUGAAAGCUGUUGCAGCACUAGAGAAGAAGAACAUCAUCAGUAAACUUGGUGACAACGUCACACUAAGUUGCAUUUAUAAUGAAAAGAAACCCUUGCAAUUAAAAAAUCUCCGGGUAUAUUGGCAAAUUGCUGAUGAUUCCUAUCAAGAAAAGUGUUCAGUUGUACAUGCACUGAUCUCUGGCCAAGAUGAUAACAGCAAUCAAUGUAUUCACUUUAAAGACAGGACUCAGUUACUCUGGGAUAGGUUGGAAAAUGGUGAUUUUUCUCUGCUACUGCUAAAUAUCAGCCAGAGUGAUGAGCAUACAUACAAAUGCAUAGUGCUGGAGAAAACUGAACUUCCCAAAGUGAUUCACCACGCAGAAGUGGUUCUCAGCUUAGCAGCGAGUUACAGCCAACCAAUACUCAGUGGACCAAUAAGAAACAGUGACAGCACUGGAGAGGAGGUGACCUUUCAGUGCAGGUCUGGCAAUGGAUACCCAAAGCCCAACGUUUACUGGAUCAAUAAAGCCAACAACAGUCGCCUGAAUCACUCACAGACAGACAUCACACCCCACGACGAUGGCACCUUCAGUGUUCUCAGCACACUGAAGGUGACAGCCACUUCUAACAUGCAAAUAGAGUGCUUCAUAGAAAACGAGAUGCUGCAGGAAAAUCUAUCAGCCAACUACACGCAGCAGAAGAAAAUCAGUGGUCCUGGCACAGAAAGUGACCAAAAAACUGAGAAAAAAGGACGAGGUGCUCAAGCAGCUGGCAUCAUUGGCAUUGUCUUUGUGAUAGGUCUUCUAACUGGUUUAAUCUGCUGGCUGUGGAGAAGGAGGUCCUCUAAUCUAGUGUCCUAUAAAGAUGUCCAGCAAAGAGAAGACCAAGGAGGACACAGCUGUAAGUAUUAA